AUGCGCUAUUUUGAGCUGAUUUCAGGGCUGCAAAUAAACUUCCAUAAGAGCUCCAUAUUGGGAAUUCACGUUUCUGAUUCAGAUUUAGGCUUGGCGGCAGGCAUUGUAGGUUGUCGUAUUGACUCGAAUCCUUUAAAAUACUUGGGGUUGCCGCUUGCAGUUCGUCGUAUUCCCUCUUCUACUUGGGAUCAUGUCAUCCAAAGAUUCAAAUCUAAAUUAGCGCUUUGGAAAGGAUCUUUGUUAUCGGUCCUUUUCAGUUUGCCUAUUUAUUUCAUGUCUUUACUUGCCAUGCCGAAAGGCGAUAUUUCUUCUCGAGCUUUUUAUAAAGUUUCAUUGGAUGUUAUUUGUCGUGAUUUAAACAACAGUGGUUUGGGUGUUUGCAAUUUGAAGAUUAAAACUCAACGUUUAUUGUUUAAAUGGCUUUGGAAGUUGCGUUUAACGGAUAAAAAAUUCUUUGUGGUUUGGUGUUGUCUUUUCUUGCUCCAAUAUAACAACUUGGAGUGCUCUUGCAAACGAUUUGGUUGUUUGGCAGAGGUUUCAAUCAAGCGUUGGUUUUAUUACUGGGAAUGGUGCUCGAUUUCUCCAUGGCAUGACGAUUGGUCCGGUGAAGGAAUGGAUGCUCUCCUCUUGGUUCAAAGGGACAACGGAAAGGAUAAGCUAUUAGCUUUUAAUGAUUCUUGUAUCGAAUUCAUUGGGAUUCGAAUGAGUAGAGUAAUGCGGGUUACUCAUAUGAAUACUCAAAUAAGAAAUCACCUAUGUGAGAGAGAAGUGGGGCCGCUUCAGAGAAGAACUGUCAAAGGCUCAGUUCUUUAG